GGGGCAGAGUACGUGUAGGUGUGGCCAUGGGAGCGAUUGGGAGAGUGCACCGCCCCGAAGAAAGCUGUGCAACUCCUUUAAGUUGCAGGAACUGGUUCCUGCAAGCCAAAAGGUUGGACAUGCAUGUAAUACACCUGGAUGAAGGAAGAGCGGGGUCUGUCAGUUACAGGAAAGUUCUUGUGUCAUUCUGCAGUUUGAAAUGAAUCUACUAUGAACCAAAGACGACAUGAAGGGACAGAAAAUACCAUCUCUUAUUCUCCAUUUACUUUCCAUUUGUGCUACGUUUUGGGGUUCUAGAGAACAGGAAAUCGUAACAGGGCUCUUUUCUAAGGAUGUCAUCCUUCCUUGUCAUUUUUCACCUGGGAGCGAUGAAGUAAUUUACUGGAAGAAAGAGAACAAAAAUGUGCACAGCUACUAUGAGCAGAAGGACCAGUUAGAAGGCCAACAUCCAGAUUACAGAAACAGAACACACCUUUUUCAUCGGAACAUUGGUCAAGGAGAUGCCUCCUUGAAACUUAGUAAUGUGGCCUUGACUGAUAAGGGCCUUUAUCAUUGCUAUGUGGGAACAGAGAAAGCCAAAACAGAAGUGGAUGUCAUGCUGCAGGUGCAAGUUCUCUCUAUUUAUGCACUGGAAUACCAAAAGACAGACACAGAAAGGAUGCUGAAAUGCUAUGCCUUUCAUACUUAUUUGAUGCCAAAUGUAACUUGGGUACAAGGCACUACAUAUAUCCCAGAAACAGGUCGGGAGGAAACCAGGAAUGGAGUUCUCUCUUCUAUUAGAAGUGACCAGAAUGUUAUAAGCACAUCUGAUACUUACUACUGUCAUAUUAAUCUCUCUCAUGAAAACUGGACCGCUGAGUGGAGUAUGCAAGACCAACUUUCAAAAGCUGAAGGAAGUAGUGCUGCCAUUUCUUGUGAAUACAGCAAUAACGCUUUACGUGCUGAAGAUUUCAUUGUUGUCUGGAAACUAAACAAAAACGCAGCUAUCUCAGUCCUGGCCUCCUUCAAUGGUGCAUUUCAUACUUACCAGCCUAGAGUUCAAAUUUUCCAAAACUUUUCACUCAGCAUUAGUAAUCUUAAUGUAGAUGACAGCGGAGACUAUGUGUGCAAUAUUUCAACACCUCACUACACAAGACUUAGUGUGACAACGUUACAAGUUGAUGCAGAUAACACCUCAACAGUGGCGAUAGUGAUAGUGAUCAUUGCCAUUAUCAUCACCAUCAGUACGAUAUACUGUCUGUAUAAGAAGAUUUCUUUUCAGAGGAAUCCAAAGUACUAUAAUAACCUCACAACUGUCAGCAUGCAAAACAGAGGGAUAUAUAAGGAAAACUUUACUUAUCACAAGGACAUCAUUAUGGGGCAGAAACUGGAGCCCUUCAAGAGUACAGAGAAAUAACAUGAAAAUAGACAGGAAAUGAAAUGUUUUUAAAAAUGCACAGGAAGUUUAUCUGGCAGAACAGUGGCAUCUGAUGGGUAUGCAGCGAUAAGAGUUCUGUGGCAAAAAAAUGUAGCAUGUACUUUUUUUGUUGGAUGUGAGCAACCUCUGGAGUGCAGUGCCUGAGGCCAUGCUGAGGAAGGUGUAUUCACACAGACAACAAAAGUAUGCCAACUCCCUCAUCUUCCCUGUAGCUCUGCAAUAUAUGUGUUGUUGUUUGCGAAAGUGGUACUUAGCCAGCACAUCCACUUCAGCUCAUGAGGCAGUAGCACAGCAUGCUGGUAGAUAUAAUUAUAGAUGAGUUUGAAAAGACAGUUCAAAGCAGGGUCUCUCCAGCCAAUGUUAGAAGAAUACUGAAGACAGGAAAAUUGGAAGAUGCAAAGCUACAGCUCUAUUCAGCAAACCAGAUCCAGUCACAUUCAGUACUAAUGUCACUGCACAGCACUUCUCUUUGAUGUAGCCACUUGACAUUCUGCUUACCAGUAGCUUACUUGGACUGAACACUCAUUUACU